AUGUCCUUGAUAGCAAAGAUUUUUUCGAUCGCCUCCACUCGUCGCUUCCUCUUUGGUGAUCAUUCAAUGCCUGAGAUUGGCUCUUCCUCAUUCCAUGCCAUAGGCAACGUUUCUUCCCCCACAAUAAUUGUUGAAAGAGCAGGACUCUUUGCUUGGACACACAAAAGCUGGAGAGUUAGAGAGGAGUUUGCUCGGACUGUCACAUCUGCAAUUGGUCUAUUUGCAUCUACUGAGCUCACCCUUCAACGUGCUAUUCUUCCUUCACUUUUGCGGUUGCUAAAUGAUCCAAAUCCUGGUGUUAGGGAAGCAGCUAUCUUGUGCAUUGAGGAGAUGUAUGCACAAGCUGGUCCUCAAUUUCGUGAUGAACUUCAGCGCCACAACCUUCCUUCUUCUUUGGUGAAAGAUAUUAAUGCUAGGCUAGAGGGUAUUCAACAAGUACGUUCUUCUGAUGGCAUACCUGGUGGCUUUGUUGCUGGAGAAAUUAAACCUUUAAGCUUUACUUCCAAGAAAAGCAGCCCAAAAGCUAAAAGUUCAUCAAGGGAAAACUCUAUUUUUGCAGGAAAUGGUGAUGUCACAGAGAAACCCAUAGAUUCUAUCAAAGUGUACUCUGAGAAGGAGUUAAUCAGGGAAAUUGAUAAGAUUGCAUCUACCCUUGUCCCAGAAAAGGAUUGGUCAAUUCGUAUUGCUGCUAUGCAGAGAGUUGAAGGUCUUGUUUUGGGAGGUGCUGCUGACUAUCCAUGUUUUCGAGGACUCCUGAAGCAACUUGUUGGACCUUUAACCACUCAAUUAUCAGAUCGAAGGUCCAGCAUUGUGAAGCAGGCUUGCCAUUUAUUGUGCUUUCUGUCAAAAGAACUCCUAGGUGAUUUUGAAGCUUGUGCUGAAGUGUUCAUACCUGUCCUUUUUAAGCUGGUUGUGAUCACUGUACUGGUAAUUGCAGAGUCUGCAGAUAACUGCAUAAAGACGAUGUUGCGUAACUGCAAAGUUGCCCGAGUGCUUCCUUGUAUAGCUGAUUGUGCAAAAAAGGAUCGCAAUGCAGUACUUCGUGCAAGGUGUUGUGAAUAUGCUCUUUUGAUAUUGGAACAAUGGCCUGAUGAACCAGAAAUACAGCGAUUGGCUGACUUAUAUGAGGAUCUGAUAAGGUGUUGUGUUUCAGAUGCAAUGAGUGAGGUAGCUUUCAUAGUUUUAAGUUAUUUGAAUUCACGACUUCUGUCUGUCCUUUUUAAGCUGGUUGUGAUCACUGUACUGGUAAUUGCAGAGUCUGCAGAUAACUGCAUAAAGACGAUGUUGCGUAACUGCAAAGUUGCCCGAGUGCUUCCUUGUAUAGCUGAUUGUGCAAAAAAGGAUCGCAAUGCAGUACUUCGUGCAAGGUGUUGUGAAUAUGCUCUUUUGAUAUUGGAACAAUGGCCUGAUGAACCAGAAAUACAGCGAUUGGCUGACUUAUAUGAGGAUCUGAUAAGGUGUUGUGUUUCAGAUGCAAUGAGUGAGGUACGGUCUACUGCAAGGAUGUGCUAUAGACUAUUUGCAAAAACAUGGCCUGAACGUUCCCGUCGCCUAUUUUCAUCCUUUGAUCCAGUUAUUCAAAGGUUAAUAAAUGAAGAGGAUGGAGGAGUACACAAGCAACAUGCUUCACCUUCCAUUCGUGACAGAGGUGCACUGGUGUCAUUAAAUAGCCAAGCCUCUGCUCCUUCUAAUCUACCUGGAUAUGGAACUUCUGCUAUUGUUGCAAUGGACAGGAGUUCAAGUUUAUCAUCAGGGACAUCUGUCUCCUCUGGUUUACUUCUUUCACAGGCAAAAUCACUUGGUAAAGGUGCUGAGCGAAGUUUGGAAAGUGUGUUGCAUUCUAGCAAACAGAAGGUCACUGCCAUUGAAAGCAUGCUCAGAGGCUUGGAUUUGUCUAAUAAGCAUAGUUCUGCUCUCCCGUCAUCCAGCUUGGAUCUAGGAGUUGACCCUCCAUCAUCUCGUGAUCCACCAUUCCCUGCUGCUGUCCCAGCAUCCAGUAAUCUGACAAACUCUUUAAGAACAGAAUCAGUUGUAUCUGGUGUCAAUAAAGGUAGUAACCGAAAUGGUGGCUUGGGUCUGUCUGACAUAAUUUCACAAAUUCAAGCUUCCAAAAACUCCAGUAAGGUAUCAUAUAAUAGUAAUACUAGUAUUGAACCUUUAUCAGCACUUUCAUCAUACUCAAGUAAAAGGGUUUCUGAAAGAUUGCAAGAAAGAAAUUCCGUUGAUGACAAUGGCAACAAUAGGGAGGCUAGGUGGGCUAUGAACCACCGCAUUGAUGGGCAAUAUUUGGAUACCCCUUAUAGAGAAGAAAACUUUAGGGAUUCACAGAAUAGUUAUGUGCCUAAUUUCCAGAGGCCACUAGUGAGAAAAAAUGUAGCUGGGCGUAUGUCUGCUGGCCAGAGGAGAAGUUUUGACGAUAGCCAACUUUCUCUUGGAGAGGUGUCAAGUUAUGCAGAUAGACCAGCAUCUCUCCCUGAAGCUCUAAGUGAAGGGCUUAGUUCAGGAUCUAACUGGUCUGCUAGGGUUGCUGCUUUUAACUAUCUUCACAACUUGUUACAGCUAGGUCCAAGGGGAAUUCAGGAAGUGGUCCAGAAUUUUGAAAAGGUUAUGAAGUUGUUUUUUCAGCACUUGGAUGAUCCUCACCAUAAAGUUGCACAGGCUGCUCUUUCAACACUUUCGGAUGUUGUUCCAGCAUGCCGGAAGCCCUUUGAGAGUUACAUGGAAAGAAUAUUACCCCAUGUGUUUUCUCGGUUAAUUGACCCAAAAGAACUUGUCAGGCAAACAUGCUCCAUGACGUUGGAAGUUGUUAGCAAAACUUACAGUAUAGAUUAUCUUUUACCUGCAUUACUACGUUCACUCGAUGAACAAAGGUCUCCUAAGGCAAAAUUGGCUGUCAUUGAGUUUGCAAUCAGUUCCUUCAACAACCAUUCACUGAAUCCAGAAGGUGCUGCCAAUAUUGGCAUCCUGAAGUCAUGGCUUACCAAGUUAACUCCUUUGGUUCAUGACAGAAAUACAAAGCUUAAAGAAGCGGCCAUUACAUGCAUGAUAUCAGUAUACUCUCACUUUGAUUCAACUGCACUGCUAAAUUUUAUCCUCAGUUUGUCAGUUGAAGAACAAAAUUCAUUGAGACGAGCCCUUAAACAAUAUACUCCUCGCAUUGAAGUGGACCUAAUAAACCAUUUGCAGAACAAGAAGGAGAGACAACGCUCUAAGUCUUCAUUUGAUCCAUUUGAUGUUGGAACAUCCUCUGAAGAUGGAUAUGUUGGUUUCUCUAGGAAAGCUAACUACCUUGGAAGGUAUUCUGCUGGUUCUCUUGAUGGUGAUGGUGGUAGGAAGUGGAGUUCCCAAGAUUUAACCCUUGUUAAAGCCAGUUUUUGCCAAGCAGCGUCUGGUGAAAAUCAGGAACAUCCAUAUCAAAAUAAUGAAACUGAUUCUACUAGUGGUAUUCUUGGUUCAAGGACUAAAGAUCCUGUUGAUGCUGUCAAUUCAAUGGGCCAAAACUUUGGCUCUCAUAAUAGUCAACCUGGGCAUUCAGAUGGUAACAUGGACUUUGAGGGUCUAUCAACGCCUCAUUUGGAUGUCAAUGAUCUGAUGUCCUUAGAACAUUUAAAUUUAAAUGUAGGCUUUGGACUUGAAAAAGAUCCUCCUGAAUUGGACCUUGAUCAUUGCUCGCCUGAAUAUGUCAAGAAUAACUUGAAAGAUUCAGAGCCUGGCAUUCCUCAAAUCCUUCAUCUGAUAUGCAGUGCGGGUGAUGGCAUUCCUAUUUCAAGCAAGCAAGCUGCACUUCAACAGUUAAUUGAAGUUUCUACUGAAAAUGAUUCUUCUAUUUGGAUGAAGUCCUUUAAUCAGAUUCUGGCAGUUGUGCUUGAAGAGUUGGAUGAUUCAGACUCCGCAGUUAGAGAGCUUGCUCUUUCAGUUGUAGUUGAAAUAUUAAAAAACCAGAAAGAUGCCAUGAAAGAGUCAGUUGAGAUUGUAAUUGAAAAGCUGCUUCAUGUUACAAAGGAUACUGUUCCUAAGGUCGCAAACGAAGCUGAUCACUGCCUUACCAUUGUUUUGUCUCAGUGUGAUCCAUUCAGAUGUUUAAGUGUUAUUGUCCCUUUACUGGUUACUGAAGAUGAGAAAAAUCUUGUUACCUCCAUAAAUUGUUUGACGAAGCUUAUUGGCCGGCUUUCUCAGGAGGAAUUGAUGGCUCAAUUACCCUCCUUUCUGCCUCCUCUUUUUGAUGCUUUUGGAAACCAGAGCGCAGAUGUUCGUAAGACAGUUGUGUUCUGUCUAGUGGACAUAUACAUCGUGCUCGGGAAAGCAUUCUUGCCAUACUUGCAAGGUCUUAAUAGCACGCAGUUGAAGCUGGUCACCAUUUAUGCAAAUCGAAUCUCACAGGCCAGAACAGGCACGCCAAUUGACACCACUCAGUGAUUAGCAGCAUCGAGGGGAAAAAAAUUUCAAUUUGAGAUAUUGUCUUGUUUGAUUUUUGUACAUCGUGUGCAUGAGUUUACAGGUUGGUUUUGUUUUCUCCAUUCCAUAUAUUUGUUACUCCCUUUUUCCCUGCCAAUGUUUGUUGGAUUUGUAGAGUGGUGGUGGGAAAGUACAGCACGGGAACUGUAAUUUGCAUUAAGAAAACCAUAUUUGAUUGUAUGAAAUGGCUUUGGAGUGAAAGCUCAGAUGAUUGAUUCAAUCAAGUCUUUUAAAAGAUUUAA